UGAGGGGCCCCGCUGCGUCUUCGCGGCUCGGGCAGGCGGGAGAGGUGCGCCCGCCUCGGCUGCAGCCUGGUCGCGCCCUCCGCGCUUCUCUGCUCCGGACUCACGGGACCCGGACAGCCGUCGCCCUGGGUACAGACUGGUCGCGCCCUCGGUUCCCGGCGCUGCUGACCCGACUUUGGGUCUGAGUGUGGUCCCUGCGGGCCGUGGUCCCUGGCCCCAGGGCGGCACAGCCGCACUUGGGCAUCAGUCCUAGGCUAGAGUGGGAUUCCACUCUUUUUAGUUCGAUUUUUCACAUAUCUGUACAAGUAUACGUGUCUGCAUUUUAAAUGGCUGCAUCGUGUUGUGGGUAUUUUUAUGUUGGGCGAAAAAUUUAAAAGCUAACUCGUCGUGUGGCUAAGUUUCUUUGGACGAGAAGGAAGCAAAAGUCCAAGGUACAAAACUUAAACAUGAACAACGAUACAUAUUACCAAUGUUCAAAGCUGAUUUGGGUAGAACUGGAAUACAGUUGCAUACAACAUAUUCCAGAGGAAUUAGAAAAGUCAAAGUAAUGGAUAACAGAAAAGAGCCUCCAUUCUUCAAUGAAGAUAACGUGGGACCAUUUUACUUCAAACUUCCUUUCUAUGACACCAUGGAACUCUUCAUCGAAACAUUGACUGGAACAUGUUUUGAACUAAGAGUUUCACCCUUUGAAGCUGUUAUCUCUGUGAAAGGAAAAAUUCAAAGAUUGGAAGGUAUUCCCAUCUGUCAGCAGCACUUAAUUUGGAAUAACAUGGAGCUUGAAGAUGAUUAUUGCUUGAAUGAUUACAACAUUUCAGAAGGUUGUACCUUGAAGCUGGUAUUGGCUAUGCGUGGUGGACCGAUAAGUACUAGAAAAGUUCUUGUGGAAGACCCACUUAGGGAGCUUGCUGAGUACAUGGAUUCCAGUCGGGACGAGGUCUGGGAAAAGACCUCUUGCAACAAACAAGUUACAUUUUUGGUAUACCGAGAAGGAGAUCAAUUGAAUUUCUUUCGUGUAGUAGAUAGGGGAGAUGGCACUUUAACACCAUUAUCUGAAUCUUUAAGUGGUGGCUCUGUGUAUAAUUUGUAUACAGACGAGGAUGAAGAAGCGGAGCCUUCUCCUUCUGGGCAACAGAUCAUUGAAAAUUCAAUAACUAUGAAUAAGAUGAAGCUGCUGAAGGCUAAGAUGGAGAACAUGAACCUCAGCAAAAAGCCUAAGAAAGUUGUCAAGCUAAAACCUCGCCCACCUGUAGCCCCUCGACCUCCCAGCAGUUCCACAGCAGCAGCCCGGCACAGACUGUUACGAGUCCUGCCUCACAUCGGGCAGUCUUGUUUACCUUCUCCUGGGAAUGCCUAUCUCCCUGAAACAUCUAGGAACGCAGGCUCAAGUCCUGCAGCAGCUCAGGCCCCUGCAGAUAGACCGAUGUCAUCUCUCAGAAACGAACUGCUGAAGGAGGAUGAUUGGGAGAUUAACACACUGUCUCAUCCCACGGGUAGCAUCAGACUGCUACCUCAGAUGACCCACAUAGAACUGGAAAAUGACAAAGAGCUUGCAGAUUCCGUACUUCAUCUUGGAUCAUCCCUGCCUAGGCGGACAAAGCACCUUUCAGGGAACUUGCCAUCUAAUAAUGAGGAUGAUGUCGUCUUAUUUCCACCGUCAGAAGAGUGUGUAUCUGAAGAGUUGCUCCUGACGGAAGUAGGUCCUUUUGCCCCAUUUGCAGAAGGAAAUGAUGUGGAGCACUCGAGCAGUGGUGUAGAAGGCGUAGGGAAGGUAACUCCAGAGUUCCCACUCGCUAAAGGUGAUAGAGGGCUGAGAGCCUCAGAGCAGCCUCUGAACCAUGUGGCAAGAGUGUUGAGCAGUGACCCUGUAGACAAUGCAAUUCUUAACCACCGAGAGUCGGGCUCUCACAAGAACAGACUCCUGUCGCCACUUCUCUGUGCUGCACCAGGGUCACUACAUAAUUCUCUGGUGAAGCCACAGAGACAGUCAAAAGGUUUUGAGUCUGGCAACCCCUCAGCGCCUACUUCACAAAACGCCCUGCGGGAAUUGGACAUUCGAACCAUAGCCGAUUCUUCUUUCUCUAGGACUGCUCGCUUUCGUGGCGUUAAAGUCGAUUCGCCUGGGAAAAGAUCUGAUGUUAUUUCCAAAGUCGAAGCUCGAGAUAUCACAGAAAUGGCUAACAAAGCUUCCAAAGAGCCUGUUGGUUGUGUGAACAAUGGCUUUUUGGCUUCACUGGCACGGAGUGCAAGCAGAGACAGUUUGCAGAGCACGCGUGGGGCAGGCAGGCUCCGGCCCUCUGGAAUUGGGUUGUCUACAAACUUCCAGCACUUCCAGGAUGAAAACACUAGGAGAAGUUCUCCCCAGUUAGAACCUACAGAGUUUUUUCUAUCUGCUCGUGGUAUUGGAAUGAGUGGAAAUAAUGCAGCAGCAGGGAAAAGAGUAGGAGAAAGCACCCACCAUCUUCCACCUGUGAAAGCCCCUCUUCAAACAAAGAAGAAAAUAACGAAACAUUGUUUUCUUUGUGGAAAGAAAACAGGACUGGCCACUAGCUUCGAAUGCAGAUGUGGAAACAACUUCUGUGCAUCUCAUCGCUAUGCAGAAACUCAUGGCUGCACCUAUGACUACAAGAGUGCAGGGAGGAGAUACUUGCAGGAGGCAAACCCUGUGGUUAAUGCACCAAAACUUCCCAAAAUCUAACUCUUCUCUGCGCUUUACUGCUCUGCCUGAGGAAUCCUAUUAUAUUGACAGAAGAAAUAUUGUUUAGACUGCAUUAUUUUUGUUCGACUCCAAAAGAUUUGCCAAAUAACAAGAGCACACAGUGCAUACUGUUGGAGAAUGAAAAUGCCUAUUGUAUUGAUGUCUUUAUUCUUUGGUGAAUCAAAAGUUCUAAAAGUAGUUUUAAAAACUUUACACUAUAA